AUGUACAAGACAGAGACAGGAACAACCUUGGAGAUUUCCUACACUGGAUGUGUCAACAAAAGUGACAGCAGCAGAGGGAUGAAAGGAUUGUCUACGGGUUACGGGCCAUUUUUAACCCCGUCGGGCAGCUACGACGACGGGUACUCGUACUCUCAGUACAGCCCACGUUCGGGCUCUGUCACGCCAGUCGUCGACGACGAGAUAUCUCACAGGUACUCGGAUGCCACCUUCUAUGUUUAUUACUGCACUCCGAUCUUUGCGUCGUACACGAACCCCGUGACGCGUCUGCGGGUAGAGCAGUUGGAGCGGCAGUUGGCAAGCCUGACGGGCAUGGUACAGCAGGCCAUGCGAACUGGCAAACCGUUGACUGCCAUGCCGGACUUUCUGGGGAUGCCUCUGACGUCCAACAGUGGAGGAGGAGGAGGAGGAGGACCCUUUUUAGGAAGCAGCGGGUCCAGCAGUCCGAGGACAGGAGUGGAGCAGCUGUUUGGCUCAGAAUUGAAGCCCCCCAAGCUAGGCCGAGAUAAGUCAGUGUCGUUUGAGAAAAGUGUGUCCUUCAGCGAUGAGCCCGACCUGGGAUCUCCCAAGCAUCAGCACUCACCUCUUCAUGCUGCCGACAAGCCAGCGAAGCCUGCCAUCAAGUUUUCCACUCUUCCACGAUCCAUGUACUCUCAAGCGGUCGGAUUGAGGGUGUCUCUGGAGACGUACAAUCAUUUGAGGGCGUUGCACAAGAAGGCCAAGGCGUUGAGGAUAGAUUUCCAGAGUUUGCAGAGACUCGCUCAGGGACAUGCCAUGAGCAUGCGGGAAGUUUUCCGAGACGGGUCAUCUAGAAUCAGGUUGGCGAUUUUGUCCAAUGGUGAUAAACUCUUGCUCAGCGGUGCUUCGAGUGUUGCCAACUCGGAAAGACUCAGGGUCUCCAGGGAUACGGAGUUGUUCAAGCAGGAAAUGCACCGCCUUGAAAGUGAUCUAGGUGAACUGGAGACAAACGUGGAGGAGCUCAGGAGCAAUGUGAUAAACCGACGGUCCCGAGUGAACAUGUCAGAUGUUGAGAGCAUGGCGGUUAUUUUAAGUAAAGCUAGCAAAAUGGUGGCGGACCUGAAAUCGAGAUUUCCCAUGUUGUCGGAUAACAUCAAGACCUCUGUGACGAUGGACAUGGAAAAGGCUGUUCAAGAUGAAAAGUUUCUGAAGGAAGAGCCAGACAGGCUUGAUGGGUACAUGAGAAGGUGUAAAAAGCUCACUGGCACUCUUGUGACGCUCAAGAGGCAAGUGUUGGCCUCAGUGCAAGAACAAAGAUUGCCUGGCACGAAUCCUGGAGGGCCAUUAACGCCUGCUUCAGCUCCUCCAACGACAAUAAUGCACCAGCAAGCUGCAGCAACUCCCGGUUCCUUCAUGGGGACUGAGUCGUCAGACGUUUCUGCGAAGUCACUGAGAAACAAAUGGAAGCGGAGUGCUCUGUUCCGAGACACCGUUUCUGCCAAAGACUUCUCGCUAAUCCUUGAAAUCAAAAUAGCACCAAUCUUGCCUCCAGCAUUUCCAUCAACAGCCGCCACUCGGGAUAAAAAUGUGGCGGCUUUUGAAGAAAAUGGUAGAAUGACCUUGGAUGACCUGGCGGAGGCAACGCUUGGAAUUUUUGCCAUGUCACAUUAG